CCACCGGCGGUGCGAAUCGCGUGUGUACACACUGUGCCUGAUUCGUCGUACAAAUAACUCAUUUCAUAGCGAAAAACUCAUUAUUCGUGUGCCUCAACAACGUCUGUACAUAUUUUUUGUUAUUUUUUUUUGCUGAGAUCGAAAACAUUAGCGAAGAGACGUGCGUGGAAUACGUUGGGCCGCGAGUUUUCACCGGAGAGCGACGAGCGUGAAAAACUGCCCCCCCACAUCCCCAAUUGGAAUUGGACCAGGAAGCGACCGUUCCAAUAGGAGCAGCCCGACGCAGCAGUAGCAACAACAACGCCAUGGCUCUGGACAGUGGGACGCAGACAAAUGCGCUGACCUCAUCGUUUACCAAUAAGAAGAAGGAUGCCGCCGCGGAAAAGGAAAACCUAUGGUCAGCGAUACUGAAUGAAGUACAAACACAGGGCAGCACAAAACUUCCAUCAAACAAAUCUGUACUAGUAUUAGGCGACAAUGCCACCGGAAAGACGACACUCAUUGCCAAGCUCCAGGGCGUCGAGGAUCCGAAGAAGGGCUCUGGCCUGGAGUAUGCCUACAUCGAUGUCAAGGACGAGUACAGAGACGACAUGACGCGUUUGGGCGUUUGGGUCCUGGACGGCGAUCCAGGACACACAAACCUGCUGCACUAUGCGCUCAACGAAACGAACUAUGCACACACACUCGUCAUCCUCACCGUCUCGAUGACGCAGCCGUGGGGCUGGCUGGAGCAGCUUAACCAUUGGAUCAAAGUCCUUGGGCAGCACAUUGAGGGCCUGCAGCUGGACGCCAAAGAGAAGGAGGCGGCCCGCCAGCGCCUGACCACCACGUGGCAGAGCUACUGCGAGGUGGGUGAUGAUCUCGAUCCGGGCUCGCCGGUUAAACGGACGAUGCGUAACAAUUCGAUCGAUGAGGACGACCUGCUGCCGCUGACGGAGGACGCACUAAUUACAAAUCUGGGCCUCGACAUUGUCGUGGUGGUCACAAAGACGGACUACAUGACAACGCUGGAGAAGGAGUAUGAGUAUCGCGAUGAGCACUUUGACUUUAUCCAGCAAUGGAUACGUAACUUUUGCCUGCGGCACGGUACCUCGCUUUUCUACACGAGCGUCAAAGAAGACAAAAACUGUGAUCUCCUCUACAAAUAUCUGACGCAUCGAAUUUACGGCCUGCCAUUCCGUACGCCAGCGCUAGUCGUUGAAAAGGAUGCGGUACUCAUUCCGGCUGGCUGGGAUAGCUUGAAGAAGAUUAGUAUUCUGUAUGAAAAUAUGCAUGGAGUCAAGGCCGAGAAUCCCUACACAGACAUAAUCAAGGCACCGCCAACACGAAAGGCGGUAUCCAAUCGCGAGGCGGAAGUGCAGACGGAGGACGAACAGGCCUUCUUGGCCCGCCAGCAGGAGAUCCUUAAGCAGGGCGAUCAGGUGCGCGGAGAGUCACCGCUGCGAUCGCAGGGCGGCGGCGUUGGCAGCAACAAGAGCGGACCAAGGACACCCGGCAGCACCACCGGACAGAGCUCGCCCAAAAAGAUCGAUCCCAAGCUGACGCCAGCCACUCCUGGUGGCGAGGGAGUUCUGGCCAACUUCUUCAACUCGCUGCUGCAAAAGUCUGGCGGCCCUGGUGGCGCCGGUCCGGGCGGACCCGGCAGUCCUGCCGGAGCUGGGCGUACAGCCAACGGCACCGACGCCAUGAUGACGCCCGAAAAGCUAGCCGUGCGCACUGAUGCGGCCGCCGAGCUGGAUCGAUUGUCGCGGAGCGUAAAGAAGGAGAUCGAUCUGUCGCAGAGCGAGUGUUGAGCAGCACAAGGCCUGCUGCAAGCCACCACCACCACCAUCAGCAUCAGAACCAGAACAACAUAAACAAAGAAAAUAAUAAUUAUGUAAGCAUAGAGUGAAAGGCGGAGACUCGUUGAAGACAGUCUUAAAUGCAGCCGCUCUUAGAUCAUUCAAUGGUCUGCUAGUUGUUGCAGGGUUUUGAUCACAGUUUUCCGGGAAAAGUAGUAUUCAAAAGUUAACCCUUUAAUAGAAAGAACACUCAAGUUGUUUAAGUAAAUGUUUUACGAGUUUAAAUAAAAUUAUAAAUAUUAAUAAAUGAGCUGACAAAGUAUUCAAAUUUCAAAAUGAGCUGAAAGCCAACCAAAGCAUGUAUAAUCCAGCCUUCGUUAGCUUACAUUUUGUCAUAAGCUAAAGAAUGGCUUGCAAACAAUUUGAGUGUCGUCGAAAUCAAGUCGAAAAACGAAACAUUGUAGAAUAUUGAAUGCAUUUCCCAGCAAACAAAGAGAUACAAAUCCCUUUUAGAAAACAUUUAAAUCUUUCUGGAACCCAUUUGAUGAGUUCCAAGAGUUCAAACAUCGCGUUUUCCCUUUUUCGAGCCUCCUGCGGCAUACUCAAAAGAACACACCCUAGAUGGGAAAUGUUGCUGAAACUAAAAUAAAGCAAAGCAAAACAAAAAAACUAGGAAUGAUAAAUACUGAACGAUGAAGAGAGACUAGUGGCGUUAGAUAUCGUUUAGCUUAGCGAAAAGGUUUGGAGAAUUUGAAGAAUGAUGAAUAAUUAAUGGCAAACGCAUAUUGUACCGCUCUGCAUGUGUUUAAGGGCUGAAAAAUGAUGUGAAAAUGCGUGCAAAUGAUGACGAAUUCUAGGGUCCACACACACAUUUGUAUCAUAACAAUUUAAAGCGCUGUAAUCUGUAAUAUUAACAAAAGAAAGAAAACAAAAACGAGAGAUUCUUAACAGUCCAAGAUUCCUGCGACGAGGAUAGUACUCACACACACAGACACACGAUACGAUAGCUUGUAUAUGUACUUUUUAAUUAUAUUAAUUAAGUAUACAUUCACCCAAAACAAGGCGAUACCAAGGAACUUUUAAAAACGAAAUGUAAUUACAAGUUCUUUGGCAAUACUACACUGGCGUUAUGUAUGCAUAUUGUGUUGUGUUCAGUUGUAGGCGAAAAGUAUAUAUUAAUAUUUAUGCAAUGCGAGAUCGAGAAGAUGCAACGAUCCCUAAUCGCGUGUAAAUUUUUUUUGUUUCUUAGUUAGCCAGCUUUCCGUUCAUUUAUUCCUCUUGUAAUUAAUUUUAAAGCCCAAUUCCUUAUUUUUUAAUCUUACCCAAUCCCAACUAUAAUCAGGGGCAAAUACCAACUGUGGUUUUCCAUUUUAAAGCAAGCUUUUAUUUAAGACAUUUUUUUAACGUUUCAACGAGCGUGACAAGUUAGCGAGUUGGCCAAAGAAACGAAUCCUACUCGUCAUUUUCUGUUUAUGAUUUAUUCGGAACGAGAAUUAAUAGUCUAUCCUUUUUGCCAUAUAAUGUAUUCGCUCUUUCUCUGUUCCCCCAUCUUCUUUCACUCACUCUCUCUCUCUUUCUUUUCCUUCUGCUUUGAGUCACCUCGUUGCCAUUCGGCGUUUCGUAAAAAUAAGCCUCAAAAUGAAAGAGAAGGCAACACAAAAAAUAUAUAACAAAAUGCGAAAAGAAAGAAAACUGAUUGAUUUGUGCUACAGAAACUAUUUUAUGUAUAAAUGCAAAAUAAUUAUAUUAAAUAUAUUGUAUA